AUGCUAGGGGAACUGAUGUCUCUUUUUAAGAAUCUCCACGGGAUAUUUGCUUCCUCAGGCACCACAGGAGCGUUGAUGGCUUGGCUGAUCAGCUAUAAGCCAGCCUUGUUUGGGUUCCUAUUCCUUCUGCUGUUGCUUAGCAACUGGCUGGUCAAGUAUGAAUUCAAGCCCACCCCCCAAGAGCCCCAGCAGGACAAGAUCCUUGAACGGCUCAUGUUCAGUGAAAUGAAGCUGAAGGUCUUAGAAAAUCAGAUGUUCAUCGUAUGGAAUAGAAUGAACCACCACAAGCGGUCAAGCCGACUGCGGACUUUUCCGGGGGGGAAACACAGACUGAGGAGGCGUGAGUCCAUUUUCUCCAUCCUCUCUGACUGCACUUCCAAUUCCCCCUGAGGAGGCCACAGAGACUGCAGUGGCCUGGCCUCUUCUGAUGUUACCUUUCCUCAGUAAAGCCCAGUCAGAGACUAUUGGAUUUUCUCAGUCAAUCACACUGGAGAGGAGGAUUGGAAGGCAGACAGGUUGGUCACUUCUGGAAAAGCAAUCUGUACUUACCAGGUCAGCCAGAUAGCACGCUAUGAUACAACGUGAAGGGGGCUCUCGAACCCAGCCCUUCCUCUCUUUCAGUUGGAUCACCUAGACCCUGGUCCAGGGCCCUGUACCUGUUCACCUGGAGUCUUAGAAUGGCUGUCCCAGUGCUGUUCCAGCCUCCGAUCUCCCCAUCACUCUGCACGCAGAGGCCACAGCAUGUGUUGCCAAGGGCAGCUCUGAGCGUGAUCAUUGCCUAUUCUUGAGCCGAUGCCUUGCUGUGGUUGACAGAAUAAAAGCCACACUCUUCAUGGUGUCCAGCCCCGAUCUGACCCCCUUUCAGCCUUUUUCCCCCAUGCCUCUUCCUCACAUGCCUUUUACUCUAGAGUAUCCUAAACAUCCGUGUACCACCUUUGGAAGUUUUGCCAUAACUGCGAACCACCUGAAUUUUAACUCAAUAUUGUCCCUUCAAAUUAGCUCUUUUUUCCUUAACAA